AUGAUGCGGCGGCUGCCCUUGGUGGUCGCCGUCUUGCUCGAGGACUACGACGACUACUCGACGGACGACAACACGCCGACGGACGACCACUCCACGGACGACAACACGCCGACGGACGACAACCCCACGGACGACAACACGCCGACGGACGACUACCCCACGGACGACAACACGCCGACGGACGACUACCCCACGGACGACAACACGCCGACGGACGACUACUCCACGGACGACCACUCCACGGACGACAACACGCCGACGGACGACUACUCCACGGACGACCACUCCACGGACGACAACACGCCGACGGACGACCACUCCACGGACGACAACACGCCGACGGACGACAACCCCACGGACGACAACACGCCGACGGACGACUACCCCACGGACGACAACACGCCGACGGACGACUACUCCACGGACGACAACACGCCGACGGACGACUACCCCACGGACGACAACACGCCGACGGACGACUACCCCACGGACGACAACACGCCGACGGACGACUACUCCACGGACGACCACUCCACGGACGACAACACGCCGACGGACGACUACUCCACGGACGACCACUCCACGGACGACAACACGCCGACGGACGACCACUCCACGGACGACAACACGCCGACGGACGACAACCCCACGGACGACAACACGCCGACGGACGACUACCCCACGGACGACAACACGCCGACGGACGACUACCCCACGGACGACAACACGCCGACGGACGACUACUCCACGGACGACCACUCCACGGACGACAACACGCCGACGGACGACUACUCCACGGACGACCACUCCACGGACGACAACACGCCGACGGACGACCACUCCACGGACGACAACACGCCGACGGACGACAACCCCACGGACGACAACACGCCGACGGACGACUACCCCACGGACGACAACACGCCGACGGACGACUACCCCACGGACGACAACACGCCGACGCUCGAGGUCGAGAUGUUGUUCGACGGCAUGACGCUGUCGGAGGCCGAGGACAACGAGUACGUCUUCAUUCUCGCCAUGGCAACGCUGGCAGACAUCCCCGCGGAGCAGAUCGCCGUCUAUUUCUACGAAGGCGGUCGACGAAAGCGCGGUCGACGGCGGCUGGAGGACUCGUCGGUCGUCGCCUAUUACACGCUCACCUACUACGACUACAGCGAGUACAGCGACUCGACGAAUAGUCUCUCGGAGAUAAGUGACUCCGACAUCGACACGGCGGUCGCGGACGCGGCCGCCGACGAAGGCGCGUCGUCGACGUUCUCGUCGUUCAGUACACAAUCCUACGCCCUCGUCGGCGGGACCGUCAUGGAAGACGACGCCUGGUCCUACGACUACGGCGGCGACGACUACGGCUACGGCUACGAAGGUUGCGACGACUCGACGACGUGGUACAAGUCCGGGAGCCCGGACAAGGACUGCGCGUACCUGUGGACGCAAAACAACAUCGACGCCAAGUGCUACAGCUGGGAGAACGACGACGGCCAGCAGGCGUACCUGGCGUGCUACGACGCCUGCGGCACGUGCUACCUGGCGAGCGACUCGACGGAGUCGCCGACGUCGACGCCGGCGCCGUCGGGGCAGUGCGCGACGGCGACGAUCAACAUGUACGACGCGUACGGCGACGGCUGGAACGGCGGCGAGAUCACGAUCUACUCCGAGGAGGGCACGGACUCGUCGACGUCGGUGGCGACGGCGACGUUCUACGACGGCAAGACCGGCACCCAGGCCAUGUGCCUCCCGGAGGGCUGCUACACGGUGACGCCGACCGAGGAGGGCAUCUUUCCGUCCGAGAUCACGUGGGACAUCGCCGGCGUCGUCUCCGGCGACAUCUACGACGAAGUGACGUUCUCCGUCGUCGACAGCGGCGGCCUCGCGCUCUCGGCGUCGGGGUGCUCGUUCACCGCCUCCCCGACGAUCACGCCCAAGCCGUCGCUGUCGCCCGUGCCGACGGCGGUGCCGACGUCCUGCAGCGUGUUCCAGUUUCUCAUGUUCGACCAGUACGGCGACGGCUGGAACGGCGCCUACUUCCAGAUGAAGUCCGGCAGCACGACCCUCGCGGAAUUCAGCCUCGACUCCGACGAGACCAUCCUGGGCACGGGCGCGACGCUGACGUCGUCGCUGCCCGACGCGUGGGAAACGCGGGACUCGCAGACCUUCGGCGUCUGCCGCAGCUACAACACGCAGGUCAAGAACAACGUCGGCCGCGCGACGAGCGAGAUGGCGUGCUGGGACAGCUGCCUCAUGCUCCUGAACCCCCUGGAGAUCGAGGCGGCCAUGUGGGUGCCCACGUCGCAGCUGUGCUACUGCUACGAGACCUGCGACUGCGUCGGCACGAGCGAGAUGUCGGACACGAGCGCGACGGUCAUCGUCGCGGCCGGCUUCUUCGACGACACCCCCGCGGUCUGCAGCGACACGUCCUACGGCGGCGACGACUACGGCUACGACGACGACGACGACGACUACAGCGACGACGCGACGGCCUACGGCGACGACGACGGGUGCACCGACAGCACGAGCUGGAACAUCAACUACUUCUCGAGCCGCACCUGCGAGUGGAUCGAGACGGAGGGAGGCUCGAGCUGGUGCGACAGCGAGUCGAGCGACGGCGUCGAGGGCUGGGACGCGUGCCCGACGGCGUGCGGGAUCUGCGUCCCCGACACGCUCUACAUCGACGUGGGCUUCAGCGAGAUCGCCUACACCGACGCCGAGGACAACGAAGACGUGUUCAUCGCCGCCAUGGCGGACGUCGCAGACCUCCCCGAGGACCAGGUCGAGGUCUACCUCUACUCCUAUGACCGGCGGCGCGGGCGGCGGCUCGGCGACGCCGAGGACGGCGCCGCGGAUCGGCGGCGGCUCACCGACACGGUCUACGCCUCCUUCACGCUGAACCUUUGGGACGAUUCGGAGAUCAGCAACACGCAGUCGAGCCUCAGCGGCGUCAACGCCGACGUUAUCAUCGACGCGAUCAACGACGCGGCGUCCGAUUACGGCGUGGAGGACGUGUUCGAUUCCAUCAGCGUCGACAGCUUCAGCGUCGUCGGCGGCACCGUCUUCAGCGACGACUGGAGUUACGACGACUACAACUACGGCAGCUCCGAAUGCCGGGCCUACUCGGACUGCGGCUGCUCGGACGGCGAGUUCUGCAACUUCGACUACGGCACCUACGGCAGCUGCGAGUCCUGCGACAGCCACUCCGACGAUUCGUCGUGCUACAGCGACGGCCUUCCCUCCGACGGCGAGGAGGACUGCGUCGCGUGCUGCUUCAGCGACACGUCCUACGGCGGCGACGACUACCCCAUGGACGACUACCCCACGGACGACUACUCCAACGACGAUUACCACCAGGACGACUACUCCAACGACGAUUACCACCAGGACGACUACUCCAACGACGAUUACCACAUGGACGACUACUCCAACGACGAUUACCACAUGGACGACUACAACGACGGAACCUGGGAGGGCCGGCGCCUCGCGCGCGCCGCCGGGAAGCGGCGCCGCCAGGCCGUCGUCGCCUUGCCCACGCGCCUCAUCAGCGACCUGCCCGGGGUGCGCGAAAAGGUGGAAGCGCUGACGUCGAAGCGCGGCGGCGCCACGGGGAACGGCACGGCCGAGGCGCGGCGGCUCCAAUACUGGAACAACUACGCGUACGGAUACUACGGCGAGCCCGAGUACAACAGCGAGGGCGUCUUCGUGAGCGGCGACGUGUGCCUCUUCAGCGGAUGCAUCGACGUCGAGAUCGACGAGGGUGACAACCCGGACGAGAUCUCCUGGCUCUUCAACCACAACGUCGAAUCGAGCGGCGGCGCGCCCUUCCAGGCCGAGAUCCUCAUCUCCGGGAGCACCGUCCAGCUGAGCUGCGAGACGCAGCCCCCGACGACGCUCGCGCCGACCGAGGGGAGCGCGGCGCCGACGAUGACGCCGGCGCCGACGUUCGCGCCGACGACGGCGGUUCCCACGAUAUCGAACGCGCCGACGGCGCUCUUCGCGUCCGUGACGUCCUACGCCGAGCUCAGCGACGAAAUGAGCGCGAUAGCGGGCGGGGCGGGGCGGCCCAUCACCAUCGGGGCCGACUUCACGACGACGGCGGCGAUCACCUUCUCCGGCUCGAGCGCGGUCGGGCAAAUAUACGGGCUCGACUACACCGUGACCGCGUCGUCGCACACGCACGGCAUGUUCAUCGUCGCGCAGCAGGCGGACCUCGAGAUCAGCGACGUCACCUUCGUCGGCGGCCUCAUCAACGCGGGCGAGGACGCGAACGUCGACGGCAUCGAGAACGCGUGCCGCGCGGAGAGCACGGCGUCGGUCCUGAGCGGGAACGCCAUCUACAUCACCGACGGCGCGACGGUGACCCUGGAGCGCGUGACAAUGCGGUGGUUCGGCGCCCAGUACGGCGGCGGGGUCUACGUCACGAGCGACGCGACGAUCUUUGCCUACGAGACGACGUUCAACCUCUGCUGCGCGCACUACAAGGGCGGCGGGCUCUUCGUCACCAACGGCCACUUCUACCUGCACAACUCGACGUUCUCGGAGGGCUACGUGAAGGACGACGGCGACGGGUCCGCCGUCAUGAUCGACGGCGCCGACGGCUACCUCGCGGAGAUCCGCUACACGACGUUCGACGGCAACAGGGGCGGCACGACGGUCAAGAUGGAGGAAGUCGACCUGCAGCUCUACGACACGACGGUGACGAACAGCGUGGCCAACGGGGACGGCAACACGGAGUUCCUCAGCUGCGAGGACGGCGGCCAGCUCGUCCUCGCGCGCAUCUUCAUGGUCGACACGGACCUGAUCAACAUCGGCGACGCGUGCAUCGCGUUCCUCUACCACGCGAACGACGGCGACGACCAGGACAUCCUGACGACGGCGUCGGCGGCCUCGGGCUCGCUCUCCGUGACCCGCUACUACUACACCUACCCCUGCCCCGCGGGCAAGUACAGCGAGGACGGCCUCGAGCACACGGACGCCAUCAACGCGAACGACCCGACGUGCUCGUCGAACGUGGCCAAGUGCAACGACGCCUGCGAGGUCUGCGUCGCGGGCCGCUACCUCGGCGAGGACGAGAGCCACCUCACGCACAUGGGGAUCCUCGCCUGCGAUGCGUGCCCCGUCGGCACGGCGAACGGCGACUGGGGCGACGUGACCGCGCACGACUCCGUCUUCGACUGCGAGAGCUGCGCGGCGGGCUCCUACGUCGACACGACGGGCGCGACGGAGUGCAUCGACUGCGUCGACGGGACCUACAGCGCCGACAUCGAGUCGCUCUACUGCUCCGUCUGCCUCCCGGGCACGGCCGCGAACGGCACGCGGCAGACGGCGUGCGUCGACUGCGCCGCGGGCUACUUCUCGCUCGGGUCCGUCGCCUUCUGCACGGCCUGCCCGACGGGCACCGGCACGACGUCCGACGCCGGCGCGGCGUCCUGCUACACGACGGCGGCGGGCACCGUCGCGGCGCCCAACGAGGUCUACGGCAUCGAGCUCGAGUCGUCGCUGACGCUCGGCAACGUGACCGCGGACGAGGUCAACGGCGACGCCUCCACGCAGUCCGACCUGCUGACCGUCCUCGAGACGACCUUCGCGGGCGACGACUCCUUCUCGGACCUCGUCGACUCGGCGGAGAUCUCGGGCCUCGGCGAGGCCACGGACUCGACGGCCGACGACGACGCGCGGCGCCUCGACGAGGGCUACGUCUACACGACGCUCCCCUUCACCCUCAGCACGAACUACACGGCGGCGUCGGGCGAGAACCUGACGUCGGCCACGGACCUCAUCACGUCCCAGCUCGUCGACGCGAUCACCGCGGCCGUCGAGGACGGCACGCUCGCGGCGAACAUCCGCCGGUACGCGAACGCGACGCUGGGCGCCCUGGGCGCGGGCGUCGACGGCGACCGGUCCAUCGACGGCGCGUCGCGGUCGCGCUCCAACGGCUGGAACAAGGUGAGCCCCGACGUCGACUCCUACACGCAGUGCCCGCGCGGCAAGUACUCCGAGGCCGGCGCGGCGGGCUGCGUCCUCUGCGGCACGGGCCGCUACACGGACCAGCCGGCCCAGACGGAGUGCAAGAAGGCGGACCAGGGCUACUACGUGCCCGUCUCCGGCGCGACGAACCAGACGGAGUGCCCCGUGGGCACGUACUCGGCGACGGAGUACGCGGCGUGCAUCGACUGCUCCCUCGGCAAGUACACGAACCACACGGCGACGGCCGGCGGCUGCUACACCUGCGCGAACCCGCUGACGACCGUCGAGUCCGGCGCGACCUACUGCGACGCCUGCGUGUCGGGCAACUACUGGGACUCGGUCUACUGGCUCACGGACGGCCGCGACGCCCUCGAGGCGUCCAUGACCGAGUACUACGAGCUCCUGGGCACGGACGAGGCCAUCACGGGCGGGGGCACGCAGUGCGCGGACUGCUGCGUCAACUGCGACGACCAGCAGGAGGAGGGGCUCGACUGCGACUACCCGGGCAUGACCAUCGAGGGCCUCGAGGUCGAGCGCGGCUGGUGGCGGACGAACAAGUUCGCGGACCAGGCCUACAUCUGCCAGCUCAGCGGCGCCUGCAAGGGCGGCAACGACACGGACACGCAGUGCAAGGAGGGCCACUACGGCGUCAAGUGCGGCCUCUGCGAGGACAACUGGAUGUACGACUCCGUCGUCAACCGGUGCGUCGAGUGCGCGAGCCCCGCGAUCGACAUCACGGGCUCGCCGGGCAAGCUCAUCGGCGCGGCCAUGAUCUUCGCCGUGCUGAGCGCCGUCGCCGUCUGGUACGCGCGCAAGUACUGCUCCAUGAAGCAGAUCGGCAAGCUGCAGGACCUCAUCAUCAUGGGCCUCGUCAAGGGCGGCGAGGACGCCAUGGACGACGGCAUCGACGACGCCGCGGACGGCGCCGGCGACGUCGCCGCCGAGGUCGAGGGCGACGCCGCGGACGUCGCCGAGGUCGACGCGGACGUCGACGAGGACGUCGACGCGGACGGCCACGGCCACGGCGACGGCGGCACGAACUACGCCAAGUACAUCACGAAGAUCAAGAUCGUCAUGGGCCUCUACCAGAUCAUCGGGUCCAUGACGUGGCAGCUCCCGCAGAUCCCGUUCCCGGACAUCAUGCAGGCGCCCAUCUCCUUCUCCAACUACUUUAGCUUCGACGUCUUCAGCGUGAUCCCGCUGGAGUGCUACGGGUCCGUGUCCUUCUUCAACUCCAUGGUCAUGACGACGACGCUGCCCUUCAUCGUCGCCGCGCUCAUCGUCGCCUACGUCGGCCUCCGGUUCCUCUGCGUCACGGACCCCGACAAGCGGAAGCACCUGAAGAACAGCGCGUCGUAUGCUUUGCUCCUGCUGAGCUUCUGCGUCUUGCCGGGCUGCUCGAGCGUCUGCUUCCAGUACUUUGGGUGCUCGGAGUACGAGAUGGGCGCGACGUACAACGGCAAGGCGCGCGCCAUGCUGUCCGUGCUCAACGCGGACCCGAACAUCCGCUGCAACGAGCCGCGCUACGACUCCUGGCGGCUCUACGUGCUCCUCAUGAUCUUCAUCUACCCCAUCGGGACGCCCCUGGGCUACUGGGCCCUGCUCCGGUCGAAGAGGCACAUGAUCGACCCGCUGCUCGAGGACGACGGGAACCAGGUCGACGAGGACGACCUCUUCGCCAAGGCGCGCGAGGACUUCGAGCUCGUCAUGCAGCAGGAGCACAAGCUCGUCAUCCGCCACGUCGAGUACGCCGACGAGAUCGCGGUCUGCGCGUUCCUCAUCGAGGAGUACGAGCCGCGGUGCUGGUGGUUCUCCGUCUACGAGGUCUGCCGCCGCCUCAUCCUCACGGGGGGGCUCACGAUCUUCAAGGCCGGCGGCGCGACGCAGGUCGCCAUCGGCAUGCUCGUCGCCAUGAUCUCCUACCGCGUCUACGUCGGCUACGCGCCGUUCAUCGACGACGACGACGACGCGAUCAGCGAGGUCUGCCAGACGCAGCUCGUCAUCGUCUUCUUCGGCGCGCUCAUGCUCACGGUGCAGAACAUGGUGCCCGAGGACGAGCAGGAGAGCGGCUUCGCGCAGAACCUCUUCGGCAUCGUGCUCACGAUGGUCUUCUUCGCGGGCAUGUUCGUCGCGGCGUACUACGUCUUCCUCGAGGCCUGCGGCCGCAACGUGUCCAAGCACUUCGCGCCCUACAUGUGGGAGAACCCGGCCUACGUCAAGUCGCGCAACUCCAUCUUCGGGGACCCGGACGACCCGAACAUCAAGCGCCACGCGCGGCCCGAGAUAUCGGGCAAGCUCACCGCGGACGACUUCAAGUUCGCCGUCGGCUUCCGCCAGCAGGGCAAGGUCGAGAAGGACGCCGAGGCGGAGCUCCUCGAGGCCAUGUCGCCCGAGGAGCGGGAGACGUACCAGGCCAUGGGCGACGACGAGAAACGCGCGUACGUCGCGCUCGAGCCCGAGGAGCGGGAGACGUUCCAGGCCAUGGGCGACGACGAGCGCCGCGCGUACGUCGCGCUCAAGUCGGCCGCGGACGACGACGACGCGCCGCCCGAGAAGAAGAGGCCCGACGCCUGGUCCGACGCGCCCCCGGCGGCGGACGACGAGGAGAAGACCGACGAGGCCGGCGGCCUCGACGCCUUCCUCUGCACGCAGCUCGGCGCGGCGCCGGACGGGCCGCCGCGCGCGAACUGCCUCACGAUCACGUUCGCCGACGAGCAGGAGGCCGACGACGACGUCGCGCUCUGCUGCGGCGUCGACGACCGGUCCGCGGCGAAGAUCGCCGCCGAGGACGCGGGACGCGCGCCGCCGGACGACGACGGCCCGCCGCCGCUCGUCGCGAUCCCGGCGGACGAGACCGCGGACCCGAACGCGCCCCACGCGGAGGUGCGCCUCGCCAACAGCUCCUACGGCGACAGCCUCUGCGGCAACGCCUGCGGCGACGCCGGCGACGCGCCGUCGUCCCUCCCCCCCGGCGGCGGCGGCCUCCACCUCUGA